AUGAUGUUAGGAAAGUGCAACAAUAGUUUUUAUGAUGAUUCGUCAUAUGAAUUUGACGACACCUCAUCUUUAGACAGUGGAAUUGAAAGAAGUUACGAGUCAAAUGAUUUAUCAUUUUCGUCUCUUAAGCCUCGAAAAUUGAACUUCGAUGAAGGAUACACAGAAACAAGGACAAGAAAAAGACAUUAUAAGAAUUCGAGAGUGACAAUUGAAGAAUUUAAAGAAUUAGAAAAAGAAUUUCAACCGAACACCGAAGCACAAACAUCGACACCAUUGAAAGCAAAGCGCAAAUAUGCUCAAGGAAAAUCGCGAAUUUCGCGAUCGCAAAGUCCAACACAGAUUAUGAAGAUAAGAAAAUAUCGACGAAUUAAAGCAAAUGAUCGGGAAAGAAAUCGAAUGCAUAGUCUCAAUGAAGCUUUAGAACGUCUCCGACUAACUCUACCAACAUUUCCUGAAGACACAAAGCUAACAAAAAUUGAGACAUUAAGAUUCGCUCAUAAUUAUAUCUUUGCUUUGAGUCAAAUUGUUGAAUGUGGUUAUAGCAUGAAAACAUUUGACCUCGAAAAGCUUCAAAGUUUAACAUUGAGUGGCGAGAAGAUAACGAAGGAAAUAUUCGAAGCACUUUUCCUUAAUCAAUCGCCCUUUUAUUUCUCGAAUCAACCUGGAAUGAUUUAUCCAUUCGAUUACAACACACCCACGCCAUAUGUAGAGGAACAGGGAAUCGUUCCAUAUCAGCAACGAAGUGGAGAUAACGUCAACAUGAGAAACUACGAAAUAUUUCGAGGAGCCUUCGAGUCAGCAGCAAACUGCAGUAAAAGUGCAACAACGGAGAUGCAAAAUGAUUAUCAAUAUUGUGAGAAUCGAUAUUACCAAGGACAAAGUUACUUUCAAGGUUUUUAA